UUGGGGUCAUUUGAGUGGAACUCAUUUGGCAGAGAAGAGAAUUCUCUCUCGAUGAAAACCCAGAGCUAGGGCAUGAGGGAGAGGAGCUCCUUGGUGUUGGAAGCUGAGUCUGAACCUCAAGUUUAAAGCUGAACCAAAAGCCGAGUCGCCCAAUUGUAGAAGAAUAGAUAGAGCGAUCGCGAUUUCUAGGGUUUCAAUCGGAAAUGAACGUCGAUAAAGGUUCAGAGAGCGCGAAACUUGACAACUCGUCUAUGCAAAUGGACUCCGAUGACUCUUCCGAUCAAGUAAAAGACAAUGAAAAGGAAAAGGAAGAACUCACCGAGACUAUGAACAAGAUGCAUAUUGAAGGAUCUUCUUCUGGGAAUGGAUUUCCUAACUUUCGAAGAAAACCUGUCAUCAUUAUUGUUGUAGGAAUGGCAGGGAGUGGGAAAACGACACUCAUGCAUAGGUUGGUUGCCCAUACACAUAUAAAAAACAUCCGGGGUUAUGUGAUGAAUCUUGACCCUGCCGUCAUGACCCUCCCGUAUGCUUCUAACAUCGACAUAAGAGACACAGUCAAAUACAAAGAAGUCAUGAAGCAGUUUAACCUUGGCCCUAAUGGUGGAAUUUUGACUUCCAUGAACUUGUUUGCCACCAAGUUUAAUGAGGUAAUCUCUGUGAUUGAGAGACGGGCAGAUCAACUUGACUAUGUUCUUGUGGACACCCCUGGUCAGAUUGAAAUAUUUACCUGGUCUGCUUCUGGUGCUAUCAUUACAGAAGCUUUUGCAUCCACAUUUCCCACUGUAGUGGCCUAUGUUGUUGAUACACCUCGUUCAGAAGAUCCUACAACUUUCAUGAGCAACAUGUUGUAUGCUUGUAGUAUCCUCUAUAAGACAAGGUUACCUCUCAUCCUGACAUUCAACAAAGUUGAUGUAGCAGCACAUCAGUUUGCAUUGGAGUGGAUGGAGGAUUUUGAGGCAUUCCAAGCAGCAGCAAGUUCAGAUCAGUCAUACACAUCAACUUUAACUCAAAGCCUUUCUCUUGUGCUAGAUGAAUUCUACAAUAAUCUGAAAUCAGUUGGAGUUUCUGCUGUUUCUGGUGCAGGAAUGGAAGCCUUCUUUAAGGUUGUCGAAGCCAGUGCAGAUGAAUACAUGGACACCUACAAGGCUGAUCUUGAUAAAAGACGUGAAGAGAAGCAACGUUUGGAGGAAGACCGAAGGAGGGGCGACAUGGAUAAACUGAGGAGAGACAUGGAGAAAUCUGGGGGAGAAACUGUAGUUUUGAACACUGGUUUGAAGGACAAACAGAAAAGUAAAAGUAAAAGUAUGAUGGAUGAGGAAGACGAGGUUGAGGAGGAGGACGAGGUAACAGAUGAUGAUGAUGAUUUGGGGAUAUAUACCGAAGAUGAUGAUGCUAUAGACGAGGACGAAGAUGAGGAGGUUGAUAGGUUUGGCUUGUGAUGGGAUUAAUCACCAAGUGGACUGUAUCAGAGUUUGUAUAGAAAUCUGUAGUGAUUUUGCCUCGUCUGACAACGGAAGGGGUUCUUAUAGGCAUUUCCACAUUCAACAAACCUGACUAAUAUUUUCUUUCUCACAAUUUAAGUGGUAGUUUUUGUUUGGAUCAUAACUCCAUACAAUGAAAGUUUGGGCCAGAUGAUUGUAUAUGGUCUUGUGUUAAUUA